UCUUGCUCAUUACAUUGUACUAUAUAUGUAUCUCUCAUUUUCCGUCCGUUACUUAUUCCAACAUUCUCCCGUUUUCUUAGCUACAACGCAUCAACUGAACCAUAAGUCUUGCCUCUUACUAUGCUACAUAUACCAUCUUUGAUAUUUCCUUUUCGUAUUCCACUCUUUAAUUCCUUUAUUUAUAAAAUAUCUUCAUCAUUAUCCAUUCUUCUUGGUUUUCUUAAUAGAUCAUAUUCUUCUUCCUAUACAUACUAGUAACUCUUACCACUUCCACCGCAUCAUUUUCUACUUAGUUCUUAGUAAUAUUAUUAUUAAUAUCGCUUCUUAUUACAAGUACUUACUCGUGUGAUUACUAAAAACCAUUUAUAUGACGGGAAUAAGUACUGAAUUUCAUUUCAAGUACAAUAUAACAACGACUACUACUACUACUACACGACCGAGUUAUUAUUUUAUCCAAGGUUUUAUUGAUUUCUCCCAGUAAAGAUCAUCAAUGGAAUACGGCGGCGUUACCUCCAGCAGCGGCGGCGGCGGCGAUGCCUCUGAAACUCACCGGAAAAAGAAACGUUUCCAUCGGCACACAGCGCACCAAAUUCAAAGGCUUGAAGCCGUGUUCAAAGAAUGUCCUCAUCCAGACGAGAAGAGCAGAUUGCAGUUAAGCAGGGAUUUGGGUUUGGCUCCUCGUCAGAUAAAGUUUUGGUUCCAAAAUAGAAGGACUCAAUUGAAGAGUCAACAUGAGCGAGCAGAUAAUUGUGCGCUUCGAGCAGAAAACGAUAGAAUUCGAUGUGAAAACAUAGCAAUAAGGGAAGCCAUCAAGAAUGUGAUAUGUCCAUCUUGUGGAGGCCCUCCAGUUACUGAAGAUUCUUAUUUUGAUGAACAAAAAUUGAGAAUGGAAAAUAUGCAACUAAAAGAAGAGCUUGACAAAAUUUCUAGCAUUGCUGCUAAGUAUAUAGGGAGGCCUAUUUCACAACUGCCACCAGUACAGCCUAUUCAUCUGUCGUCGCUAAACUUAAUGUCCAUGUCUAGUUUUGGAGGCAUUGGUCUAACUGGCCCGUCCCUUGAUCUCGAUCUUCUCCCAGGAAGUUCAACGAGUAGUACUAUUCCAAGUUUACCAUUUCCUACAUUGAACAUUUCAGACAUGGAUAAGUCCCUUAUGGCUGAUAUUGCUGGCAAUGCCAUGGAGGAAUUGAUUAGAUUGUUGCAAACCAAUGAACCAUUGUGGACAAAGUCCACAACUGAUGGCAGAGAUGUACUUGACCUUGAUAGUUAUAACCAAAUCUUUCCGAGGGCUAACAGUUCGUUGAAAAAUUCAAAUGUUCGCGUUGAGGCUUCCAGGGAUUCAGGUGUUGUGAUCAUGAAUGGUUUAGCAUUAGUCAACAUGUUUAUGGAUGCGAACAAGUGGGUGGAAUUCUUUCCAACGAUUGUUUCAAAGGCAAGAACAAUUGAAGUAAUAUCAUGUGGUGUAAUGGGCGGCCAAAGUAGUACAUUACAAUUGAUGUAUGAAGAAAUGCAAGUGCUUUCACCUUUGGUCCCGACGCGACAAUCGUUUUUCCUUAGGUUUUGCCAGCAGAUUGAUCAAGGUUCAUGGGCAAUUGUUGAUGUUUCCUAUGAUAUUAUUCAAGAAAAUCAGUAUCCUUCCUCUUCAUGUAAGGUUCAUAGGCUCCCAUCUGGAUGCUUGAUACAAGACAUGCCCAAUGGUUAUUCCAAGGUUACAUGGGUGGUACACGUAGAAGUGGAAGAGAAAGGUUUACUUCAUAAGCUAUAUAGCGAUCUUAUACAUAGUGGCAUGGCAUUUGGAGCAGAGAGAUGGCUUGGUUCUCUUCAAAGAUUGUGUGAGAGAUAUGCUUGUCUAAUGGUUAGCGGCAAGUCUUCCCGUGAACUUGGAGGAGUGAUUCCAUCACCAGAAGGGAAAAAGAGCAUGAUGAAAUUGGCUCAAAGAAUGGUGAGCAAUUUCUGUGCCAGCAUCAACCCAUCCAACGGACACCAAUGGAACAACAUUUCUGGAUUGGAUGAAUUUGAAGUCAGAGCCACCCUUCAGAAGAGCACUGACCCCGGCCAGCCCAAUGGCGUAAUCAUCAGUGCAGCUUCCACCAUUUGGCUCCCGCUUCCUUCACAACAUGUCUUCAAUUUCCUCAGGGAUGAAAGGACGCGACCUCAGUGGGAUGUUCUUUCCAACCAAAAUCCAGUACAAGAGGUAGCUCACAUUGCAAAUGGCUCUCACCCAGGGAACUGUAUUUCUGUGCUCAGGGCCUAUAAUACUAGCCAGAAUAACAUGUUGAUACUUCAAGAAAGUUGCAUAGACUCAUCAGGUUCACUAGUAAUCUACAGCCCUGUGGAUUUACCAUCAAUCAAUGUUGCAAUGAGUGGUGAAGAUACCACUUACAUCCCAUUGCUACCUUCCGGUUUUACGAUUUCGCCGGACGGACGACAAGGCCAAAGGUCCAACGAGGCAUCGUGCAGCAGCACAAAUAAUGGUACAAUGGGAGACAAUAGGUCAGAGGGGUCACUUGUUACAGUUGUGUUCCAGAUUUUGGUGAGCAGUUUGUCAUCAUCAGCCAAAAUGAGCCCAGAGUCAGUAAACACAGUUAAUAACCUUAUAGGCAACACUAUCCACCAAAUUAAAGCUGCCUUGAAUUGCUCCACUUCCUGAUCCAUUUUGAAUUUAAUUCAGCUGCUUCUGCUGCUGCAUUUUGUUUUCUCCCCCUUCACUGCCAUAUUUUAAUUACAUAGUACAGAUGAGAAGUUAGCUCAUGAAUUCAAUGAAGAGAUCUAUUUGGAGUUAGUUGAGAAUUAUCAAUGCUAUGCUCCUUCAUCAAUAGCCUGGAGCUGACACAAUGCUUAAUACAUCCAUAUGCUGCUGCUUACUGCUCCUGCCAAAAGCUUUAUUACAGUUUGACAGCUCAUACUCUUCCAUAUUUUAUUUUUUUUCUUUCUUUUUCAAUGGCUGUGUUCGAGCCAACUUGGGCGCACUACCAUUAUUCCACUAGUUACUGAGCAUAAGCUGAUUCGGACACCAGAAUUUUUUUUCUUCCCAAUUCUUGGUUUUCUUGAACCUCCAUUCUGCUUAAAAGAGGGAGUCAAGAACGCACCAUACUUUUCUUUCUCUCACAAAUCACAUCCCUUUCAAGAAGAUUUCUUGAUUGUACUCUGUUCGGCAAGAAAAUUGUAUGGUUCGGGUAUUGACUUCCAUGCAUUAACUUACUUUCAUCAAUCUAAUGGAUUUGAAUUUUCUGUAAGAUAGAGUUUAAUUACAUUCUCAUCUGUCUA